AUGGCCAUCGAAACCCAUCUCAAUGACCACGCAGAACUCAAUCCAUCCUCAUCCUCAUCAACCGGUCCAAUCCAGAAGAAGGCCAUCUCCACCACCGACAGCUCGACUCCUACCGUACCUGAAAACGCCCCCGAGCACUGUCCAGGUAUUGAAUCCGAACUAGCGGGGAGCUCGACGACUUGUAACGGAUGUGAGAACCAAUCGAUUUGUAAAUCUUUCUCUACGAAUGUGAACUCAUCUCAACAGAAACAGGACGACUUGAAUGACUUGAAGAAGAUCAACGAGCGCUUCCGGAAUGUCAAACACAAGAUCCUCGUCCUUUCCGGUAAAGGCGGGGUUGGGAAGAGCACGUUCACUUGUGGUCUGGGUUGGGCAUUCAGCGGUGAUGGCGAUAAUACUGCCUUGCUAGAUAUCGAUAUCACCGGACCUUCAUUACCCAUGAUGCUAGGUCUUUCGCCUGAUGUCCAUCGUCUACAUUCCACCUCGACUGGCUGGUCACCGCUUUACGUUUCCGAAACUCUUAGUGUCAUGUCGAUCGGAUUCAUGCUACCAACUACCGACUCAGCAGUUAUUUGGCGAGGUCCGAAGAAGAACGGCAUGAUCAAGCAGUUCCUCAAGGAUGUCGAUUGGUGUUCGACGGAAGAUGAGGAGGAGGAAUUGGGUGAAGACAAGACGGGGGAGGAGAGGAGGAAUGGAGAUAGCGAAGAGGGGAUCGAGUUUAUGAUUAUCGAUACCCCGCCGGGCACGACCGACGAGCAUCUCUCGAUCGUCAGCUACCUCAAACAGACAGGGAUCACCGGGGCGAUCAUCCUGACAACACCACAGGAAGUGUCGAUCCAAGACGUCCGACGGAUAAUCUCGUUCUGUAAGAAGACCCAGGUCGAGAUCCUCGGCCUCGUCGAGAACAUGUCCGGCUUCAUCUGCCCCAACUGCAACGGCGCCUCGGAAAUCUUCUUGCCGACCACCGGUGGCGCCGACAGACUCUGUAGGGAUGAAGGACUCGAACUCCUCGGUAAAAUCCCUCUCGAUCCUAAGAUCGGUAAAGGCUCUGAUCUCGGCCUCGAUUGGUUGAAUUCACAUCCCGAUAGUCUCGCUACAAAGGCUUAUUACGAUAUCGUAGAUAAAGUCAAGCUCAAGAUUCAAAAAUCUUCAUCAUGA